CUCAAACAGCCACGAACUGCUCGCUGGAUAACGGCGGUUGCGACCACGAUUGUUGGGAGAGCGAGGACGGCCUCACGAGGAGCUGCAGCUGCGUGAGCGGAUACAAACUGCACGACGACGCCAAGAAAUGUGACCCGAAAGGUGAUUCGUCCUGCGGUCGGCUGCUGAUGAGCAGGACGUCCUACAGCAAACCGAUGAAAGGCCUGCAGCCCUGGACGGUGGGAGGACACGUGGGAAAGAAGGGGGAGAGUCCCUGGCAGGCGCUGCUGCUGAACGCCAGAGGGCGUUUUCACUGCGGAGGCGUCCUGAUCGAUGAGAACUGGGUCCUGACCGCCGCUCACUGCCUCGACAACAGCUUCCGAUUCAGAGUACGACUGGGUGACUACGAGCGCCACAGAGACGAGGGCACCGAGGUGACGCUGAGGAUCGAGAAGACCUUCAAACACCUGCACUACGACAGCCGGACGGUGGACAACGACAUCGCGCUGCUUCGCCUGCAGACGCCCGCCCCCUUCUCUGAGUUUGUGACCCCCGUCUGCCUGCCGGGCCGAGAGAUGGCCGAGCGGGUUCUCCACCUGAACGGCACCGUCACCGUGGUGACCGGCUGGGGCAAAGACAACCUGGAAAACGGCUCGUUCAGCUCGGCGCUCAACGUCAUCGAGGUGCCGCUGGUGGACCGCGGCGUCUGCGCCCGCCAGAUGUCCCACAACAUCUCCGACAAUGUCCUCUGCGCCGGGGUCCUCGGGCAGAGGAUGGAUGCCUGCGAGGGGGACAGCGGUGGGCCGAUGGUCACCUUGUACCGGGACACCUGGUUCCUGGUGGGCCUGGUGUCCUGGGGCGAGGGCUGCGGCAGGGAGGACAAGCUGGGCGUCUACACCAAGGUGUCCAACUACAACCAGUGGAUCAACAACGUGCGUGAGGACUGGGACAAAGGACACAAUCCAGAACCGCCGAGUGUCUGAACCACAACCGUGGAUCCAGUCUAGUCUGUUGAAUAAACCACAUCAAGGCCUCAGUUAGAGCAGCGAUGUGACGCACUUUAUAAAUAAACUCAUUCUGUCUCAAGACGCUUCGGUUUUCUU